UCUCAUCGACGCAACCACGAGCCCAAGAUGCUGAUCCAUGAGUUCCGCGUGCCUGUGCAUAUGACCGUGGAGGAGUUCCAGGUCGCGCAGCUAUAUAUGGUGGUCGACGCUAGUGAGAAGAACACCAAGGAUGGCGAAGGCGUCGAAAUCCUCAAGAACGAGCCGUACGACAACACGAAUGGCCAAGUUGGGGACAUCUCGGCGAUUUCCAACGUCAAGAUUCCCCGCAACAAGGGUCAAUACACCCUCAAGCACUACCACGUCAAGUCGCACAUCCCAUCGUAUGUCAGUGCCAUUUGCCCGGAGGACAGCAUGGUGUUGAUUGAAGAAGCAUGGAAUGCCUAUCCGCACUGCCUCACCGUGAUCACAAACGGAUAUUUGUCCAAGACGAAGUUUUACAUCUCCAUUGAAUCCAUGCACGUUGCGGGAACGGGCGAAGCAGACAACGCCCUGCAGCUGUCUGCAGCAGAACUUCGACAACGCACUGUCGAAUUCAUCCGCAUCGAUUCGAAUUUGCCGAACGAGACGCCGACGCCCCAAGCACUAGAAUUCGACCCGUCCACGUACACGUGUCCCAAGACCGGCCGUGGACCCCUCGCCCCCGGCUGGGAGGUCAAGGUGACGCCCGUGAUGACGUGUCACAAGGUCGUACGCGUCAAGUUUGACUACUGGGGCUUCCAAGGCCGCGUCGAAACCGCGAUCCGCGACCGCCAACGCCGACUGUUUCAUUCCAGUUUGCGCCAGGCGCAAUGCUUGUCGCACAAGUGGAACGGCCUGACCAUGGCUGACAUUCGAGAGCUCGAAGCCACGGUCCAGCGAAAGUUAGUCGCCCAACGCGCAGCCUAAGUAGCAUGCAUACACUCUGGUUGAUGACACGUAUGGCAAAUAGCUCAUUUGUGCAUCCAAUCAGUCUCUGCGGUACAUACUUGCACAAGUUAGCAAUACUAGGUAGGUAGCUAGUACUACUACUACUACUUUUUACUCUUAUGUAGGGCCAGCCAUAGUAUGAUACACAACCAUUGCUAAGUGUUGGCUUGGUAAAUAAUAUACAGUCGGACGUCGUUGCAAUCGCAAUUCCUUCUCGAUAUCGUUACGGA